GAUUAAAAAAAGACCUUUCUUUGGUUUUUAUUUGUUUAGUUAUAUUACUUUGAAUCUUCCAAUAUUGUUCAAAUGAAGAACAGAUGCCCACAUGUUUAACUAUAUUACAAGUAAAACGCAGGGUUUCAUGGGGUGUUGUCAUUUUUACACAUAUGACUGUAUAGGUUGUGGUAAAGAGGGAGAUGACGACGCUGUCGGAUGGGUUCCGUAUCCAAAAAUAACCAAGAAACUGAAGUGAAAGUUUUUUAAAAAGGUCACGGUCAGAAAGAAAUGAAUGUUUUUGUUACGUUCACGUGAAGGACACGUGCGUAUGCUAUAAAGAUAAACCGAUGGCUGAACCCGAGGCUGAUGUCCAGCACCAGAAGGAGAGGGAUAGAGGAGAAUACACCACCAUAUGUGCUGUGAGCAUCAACAAGGCGAUAAACACACAGGAGGUUGCCGUCAAAGAAAAGCAUGCCAGAACCUGUAUCCUGGGCACCCAUCAUGAGAAGGGCGCUCAAACUUUCUGGGCAGCCGUCAACCGCCUGCCGAUCUCCAGCAACGCCGUUCUCUGCUGGAAAUUCUGUCACGUCUUCCACAAACUUCUAAGAGACGGCCAUCCAAACGUCAUUAAAGACUCGGUGCGGAGCAAGGCAGACCUAAACGACAUGAGCAGGAUGUGGAGCCACCUGAGUGAAGGCUAUGGGAAGCUUUGUAGCAUCUACCUCAGACUCCUCAUCAUCAAAAUGGAGUUUCACAUCAAAAACCCUCGUUUCCCCGGCAACCUUCAGAUGUCAAACAGACAGCUCGAGGAGGCGGGUGAAAAUGACGUCAAUAACUUCUUCCAGCUGACGGUGGAGAUGUUCGAUUACCUGGAGUGUGAGCUGAAUCUGUUUCUUGCUGUGUUCAGCUCGUUGGACAUGUCACGGUCCGUGUCGGUGACGGCAGCGGGUCAGUGUCGCCUGGCUCCUCUGAUCCAGGUCAUUCUGGACAGCAGUCAUCUGUACGACUAUACAGUCAAACUGCUCUUCAAACUACAUUCUUGUCUUCCAGCAGAGACUCUGCAGGGGCACAGAGAUCGCUUCCACGAGCAGUUUAAAAAGCUGAAGAGUCUCUUCUACCGUUCCAGUAACCUGCAGUAUUUUAAAAGGCUGAUCCAGAUCCCACAGCUUCCUGAGAAUCCACCGAACUUCCUGCGUGCUUCAGCUCUGUCAGAACAUAUCAGCCCAGUAGUGGUGAUUCCGGCCGAGACCUCGUCCCCCGAGAGUGAGCACAUGGUAGAGACAGACGAACUCGUGGACACGGACGUCCCGUCCCUGCCGGCUGCCGUGGAGAGCAGGUUCGAUGACCUCUUUGGCACCUCGGCUGCCACCGAUCCCUUCAACUUCAGUCAGAAUGGCAUGCGCAAGGAUGACAAAGACCGACUCAUCGAGCAGUUGACCGCAGAGCUCCAGGCCCUGAAGGAAGAGCUGGAGUCAUUUAGACUGGAGAGCGGCCGUCUGUGCCAGGCCCUGCGAGGGCGUAUCAGUGAACUGGAGGCGGAGUUAGCUGAGCAGAGCCACCUCAAGCAGCAGGCACUGAGCGAGAGCGAGUUCCUGAGGGCAGAGCUGGACGACCUACGCAGGGUCAAAGAGGACACGGAGAAGGAGCAGCGGAGCCUGACUGAGAUCGAAAGAAGGGCCCAGGCGAACGAGCAGCGCUACACCAAGUUAAAGGAGAAGUACACUGAGCUGGUUCAGAAUCAUGCUGAUCUGCUGAGGAAGAACGCAGAAGUGACUCGGCAGAUGAUGGUGGCCCGUGCCGCCCAGGAUGAGGUGGCGACCGUGAGGAGGGAGAUGGAGGAACGAAUGAAGGCAGCUCAGGAGACAAUCAGCCAACAGGAGAGAACCCAAGCAGAGCAGCUCCAGGUGCUUCAGGCUGACCUAGUUUCCAGCAGAACAGAACUAGAAACCCUCAAAGCCAGCAUGGUUUCCUCUCAGAAGUCAAGUGAGGAGCUCAGUGUGCAGCUGUCUGCUCUGGAGAUGGAGAAGGCUGGGCUUAUGGACACCGUGUCACAGAAGAACGUGGAGCUGGCAGCUCUGGUGGUGGAACUGGAGCGAGUGCAGAGCAGUCUAGCAAACGAGAGGGAGAGUGGCGUGAAGGCUGCUGAAGCCCUACAGAAUCAGCUCAAUGAGAAGGAGAGUCGGGAACAGGCGCUUGAGAGUGAGAUCGUUUCUGUACGCUGGGCGGCUCUGAGGGCAGCGCUGGAGGAGGCAGAGAGGGUUGUCCAGGACAGUCUGGCCCAGCUGGAUGAGCCUGCACACAUAAGCUGCACCAGCUCAGCCGAUUACCUUUUAUCCAGGUGCCAGGCUGCUGUAGAGUGUGUGGACAGAUUACAGACAGCCAAAGACAGCUUUAUAGCUGAUAACACAGGUGUGACAGAGCUGGUGCGGGUCGUGGCUCAGAUGGCCCACUUGGUGGGUGAUACCAUCAUACAAGGCAGCGCCACUGCGCACAUGGUGUCAGUGGAACAAGCCGACGCACUAACAUCUUGUGUGAAGACAUGUGGAACCGAGGCCCUGGAUCUGAUGGCUCAGCUGAAGACGCAGGACACCCUGGCUACGACAGACAUCAGUGGACUCAGAGCUGCUUUGGAUAACGUGCAGGUCACUGCGCAGAAGUUACGGCCGCGGGGUUUGGAGCUGCAGCAGGGAGAGCUGGGAGAUCUGGUGGAGCAGGAGAUGGCAGCCACAUCAGCAGCUGUGGAGUCUGCCGUCUCCAGGAUAGAGGAAAUGCUGAACAAAUCCCGAACAGUCGACACCGGCGUCAAAAUGGAAGUGAAUGAAAGGAUUCUGGCGUCCUGCACAGAGCUCAUGCGGGCCAUUAAAGUGCUGGUUCUGGCCUCUAAAGACCUGCAGCGUGACAUUGUGGAAGGCAGCAGAGGUGCAGCAACAAUAAAAGAGUUCUAUGUCAAGAAUUCCCGCUGGACUGAAGGCCUCAUAUCAGCAUCCAAGGCUGUGGGCUGGGGAGCCACUGUGAUGGUUGAUGCAGCCGAUCUGGUGAUCCAAGGGAAAGGGAAAUUUGAGGAGCUGAUGGUGUGCUCACACGAGAUAGCUGCUAGUACAGCUCAGCUUGUAGCUGCGUCAAAGGUGAAGGCAGACAAGGACAGUCCCAACCUCGCUCGUCUUCAGCAGGCAUCUCGAGGAGUCACUCAAGCGACUGCAGGCGUUGUGGCUUCAACCAAGUCGGGGAAAUCCCAGAUUGAGGAAACUGACACUAUGGAUUUCACCAGUUUGACACUUACACAGAUCAAGAGAAAAGAGAUGGACUCCCAGGUGCGUGUGUUAGAAUUGGAGACACAGCUUCAGAAGGAAAGGGAGCGUCUCGGUGAGCUGAGGAAGAAGCACUAUGAGUUAGCUGGUGUCGCUGAAGGUUGGGGUGAGGAAGAGGAGGGAACGGGAUGAGGCGUGUCCUCGUGCGGUAGCCCAGACCGGGCUUGUGCCUACUCUCUGGCACUCGCUUCUUCUUCAGUGUCCCUCCCCAUUCUCUUCACAUUCUUCAGACAUUUUAUUCUUUAAUAAUGACUGAAAAGCCAAAUAAAAAGGUUUUUACUUUAACCCUGCUCCUCCUCCUCCUCCUCCUCACUGUGGAGUAAAGACGCUUACAGGAGGAGCAACAAUGUCACCUUAGGAGGAUGAAGCCUUAAAGGAAGCAUGGAGCGUAUUUGGAGCACCCCCCAGUGGGCAGAGGGAAAACUGCACCAUCACUGACCUGACUUUUUUUUUCUUCUUCUUCUUUUUUCUUCUUCUUCUUUUUCAUUCCCCAUUUUAUUAGAAUUUUUCCAAAACGACAUGCGUCACACAAGGCGAGCAGGAAUUACUGACACUGUGCCGUGAGCUUCCGUGAGAUCAGCCGCUUCCCAGGCAGCAGCAGUGUGUGACUUCCACCACCUCUUCCAGAACUCAUUCCUCACCCUGUAGACACACACGCUCCGUCAGACAAGCUGCUGAGCCUUCUGUGAACUUGUCCCCUGCCAACCCACCUCCCUACAGUGGCCUUGCUUUGGACUCUGAGCCGACAGAGAGUGUACGGCCCACGAGAGAGGCUUCCCUCCGCACUAACACUAGCGGCUGUCUGAAAACUGAACUAAUCCCAGCUUCUCCUUCUUUUGCUUUCUUGUGGUAGUUUUUUUUUAACCCUGCCUCUUGAGCCUCUGUCGUUUUUUUUUCUCUCAAGAGAAGCCUGACUGGGCUUUUUAACCGUUUAUAAUGUUUCAGAUCGCAUUUUGGUUAAAGGGAAUUAAUUAUAACGCCGUGUUUCAUUACGUACAAACGAUCCAUCAGCAAACGACGAUUUUAUGUCCGUGGCUGAAAACAAACGGUCUGUUUUUAUGACCCACUGCUGUACAAGGAGGAUGUUCGACAAGAGUACCUAGGACACUAAGCUCUUUUCUUCUUGAUCACCUUCUCCUCGAGUAACUGUUUUCCUCUGGUGCCCUUAGACAACAUUUAGUAGCGCUGCUGGUAGCCUCUAUAUUCCACACGCUCGUAUCCCAGCGCUAAUACCACCGGUGUGUACUUCCUUUUUUUCACGUCACACACAGGACAUCAGCACAUACGAGGAGAGACAUCUGUGCCUUCCAAAAGGUUAAAGCUCACAUUCCCUCAAUACACCUUUAAUGGCUGAAGCCUUGGACUGGUAUAAAAGUUUGGUAGCCUGGUUUGGUGAUGCCUUAUAUGGAAACUCUCUCUGGUGUGUCCAUGAUGGACAAGUUGUCGUUCUUGUCCAUUUUUAAUUUUUUUUUUAUCAUUCUGAGCUUCCAGCACAAGUCUCUGUAACCGUUUGGUCCACAGACGGGACACUCGGAGAGGAGAAGAGACACGGUGAACGUUUUAAAAUGGAGGCUUGCGAUGUAUAAAGGUGUGCCACCCUGCCCCACCCCUUCAACCCUUCAACCCCAACCCACCCUGCUUAAAGCAAUCUAGACCAGAUAGCCUUGUAGACCACCACUGUUUUAUGAGCACAGCCUACAGUUGGGCCCCCAAAAAAGAACCUUGGCUUCAAAAUUUAAGUUUCACCUCCUUGUAGGAAGUCUUCAUGUAUCUCAUCUGCCUCAUAAAGCAAAGCAAAGCAGGCACACAUGGGUUUAUUCAGCAUUAACAAACGUUCACAUACAACACUGAGAUGUGUAACUAGUUACAAAAGCUACUACACUAACGCCAGCUAUGAGAUGACGUGCGUGUGUGUGUGUGUGUGAGAGAUUGAGAAAGUCUUUAACACCUUCACCCUGUCCUGUUGCACUGCUUUUACUGUUUCUCUAAGUUGUAACACUGGGUAUUUAAUUGCAGCAGUUUUCUAACAGUCUCACCGUCUGGUUCGGUUCAUGUCUUCUAGUCUUACCAGCCUUCCAACUGCCUCUCACUGUAGACAGUCAGCUGACAUACGAAUACUCAGUAACAUUUUUGGACAAUAUCUUUGUAUGAUCUACUAAACUGAGUGUGUUUAUAUUUCUUUUUUUUUUCUCUUCUUCAAUAAAUAUAGUAAUGUA